AGCGCCCAUGUGUUGCUCUUAUCGCAACCAUUGGAGCCCUUUUGUAUUUCAUCCUCGGAAAUCGGAUGUGAUACGCCGUGUUAGCGCCCAAUCGUCUAUCUUGUAAUUCCGCUUCUUGUGCGCAAUCCCUUCAUCCUGCUUUCAUUUCAUGCUCUUUCUCCUUCGCUUCUCAUCUCUCUCAUUCAUCUCCGCACGGAAAAUGACCGACCUUACGAAGUUGCUGAGCGACAGCUCCGUAUCGGCCCAGCAAGCUGCUGAAAAGCUCGCGAGCCCUUGUCUGGAAGCUAUCAAGAAGAAUGAAGACGCUUCAAAGAUCGAGGGGGAGUUUGACGGUCUUUGGUCCUCGGUGCUCUCCGCUGCCGAGCAGACCCCCCACGACAAGCAAGGGAAGCUAGUGGAAACCUUGCAUGCGAUAAAGACCAUUCCGCAAUCUGCAGAGAAGGUUGUCGUUUGGGGUGAGGAGAAGCGCUGGGAUGAGCUACCCAUGUUUGGGGGCAAGGCACGCGAGCAGCUCGACAUCGCACAAGAAAAGUCGGAUGAAGCCUUUGUCAAUAUCAACGGCUUCUUUGCGCGCGCAACUGCUGCUGGGGUUGAUGACCUUAGCCUCUUCGCCAUUUGGACUUUGCGCGAGGCGCUUGAGGACCUUGCUGCUGAUAAGAUCUCGGAGACGUCGCCCAAGCUAUUGAAGGCAUCUUCUGUAUGGUUCAUCUACGCUGCCGAUGCUCUUGCGAAGGCGAGCAAGGAUGGAAAGCAGUUCGACGGCAAAGUCGCCAAACCGGGUGCUAGCCUGGCGGAGUUUAAGGACGAAGCCGGUUGGAGGGGCUUCAACAAUGACAGAUGGAAGGUCUGGCUGGAUCGGUUGUCGACUUUGAAAGAAGCAGAUGUCCCAGAGGAGACCAAAUCGUCGGUGGUUCAAGCGCUGAGUGGUAUAAGAAAGGCUUAGGUGAAGACAUCCUCUAAUUAAAACAAUACAUCGAUUUUGAUUGACCGU